AAUUUAUAAGUUUGCAGCCAGUGCAGUCAUCAGUACGCAGACAUCUUUUAAUACUAAAUCAAGAAGGAACGGUAGAAUUAUAUUGUAUGUUCAAUAUAGCCGGCCAAUGACAAGUAGUUAACAUAUAGAUCUACAAUUAUUUACACACGUACACCACAACGAUGGCAUCAAAAAAGAAAAUUGCUUACUUUUAUGAUCCGGACGUUGGAAAUUUUCAUUACGGUCAAGGCCACCCCAUGAAGCCUCACCGCCUCUCCCUCACACACUCCCUCGUGCUCAACUAUGGCCUAUACAAACAGAUGGAGGUCUAUCGUCCGUAUCGUGCCUCACACCAUGACAUGUGCCGCUUCCAUGCCGAUGACUACAUCGACUUCUUGCAGAGAGUGACUCCUCAGAAUAUCUCGGGCUUCACUACCAGCCUCAGUCGGUUCAAUGUUGGGGACGACUGUCCUGUGUUCCCUGGUCUGUACGACUUCUGCUCCAUCUACACUGGAGCCUCUCUAGAGGGUGCGGCCAAACUCAACAGCGAGACAUGUGACUUGGCCAUAAACUGGGCGGGGGGUCUGCACCAUGCCAAAAAGUUCGAAGCGUCUGGUUUCUGUUAUGUCAACGAUAUAGUCAUUGCUAUUCUAGAACUGCUGAAGUAUCACCCGCGUGUGCUUUACAUAGACAUUGAUAUUCACCAUGGCGACGGUGUACAGGAGGCGUUCUAUCUCACCGAUCGUGUCAUGACCGUCUCAUUCCACAAGUUUGGAAAUUUCUUCUUCCCAGGAACAGGUGACAUGUACGAGAUAGGGGCGGAGAAAGGCAAGUACUAUUCUGUCAACGUGCCACUCAGGGACGGCAUUGACGAUCAGAGCUAUGUGAACCUGUUUGUCCCCACGAUACAAGCAGUGAUGGACCACUAUCGACCCACCUGUAUUGUACUCCAGUGUGGGGCAGACUCACUCGGCUGUGACAGGCUGGGCUGCUUCAACCUCAGCAUUAAAGCACACGGAGAGUGUGUUCGUUUUGUCAAGAGCUUCAACGUGCCCACUCUGGUGUUGGGGGGAGGUGGGUACACGGUGCGUAACGUGGCAAGGUGUUGGACCUACGAGACAUCACUCCUUCUAGACACUGACAUCAGCAACGAGCUCCCCUACAGUGAAUACUUUGAGUACUUUGCCCCGGACUUCACCCUCCACCCUGAUGUGAGUACUAAGAUCGAGAACCAGAACUCUAGACAAUAUCUGGAGCAGAUUAAGUCCUCUGUGGCGGAGAACCUCAGGGUACUGCCACAUGCACCCAGCGUGCAAAUGCAGCAGGUCCCACCAGACAUGCUGAGUAUGGAGGUAACCACGGAGACCAAUCCUGACGAGCGAGAGACACAAAGAGACCUAGAUUCAAGGAUUGAGCACCCGGCAGAAUUUAUGGACCCCCCACCUUUACCCACUUCCAUGGAGUCAACUUAACCCCUAGCUCUUAGCUGGCUUCAUGACUAUAUAACUUUUAACACCCACUCACGUAAAAGUAUUAAUUAAUUUUAUGGUGUUGUUUCUUGUAAAGAAUUCAUCUUUCACAAAAUUAUAAUAUAA